AUGAAGCCUUUCUGUUUACCUCUAGUGCACUUUUUUAGGUGUUAUAAACACCAAAAUUGUCUUAAUUCUACUUUCACCACAUUUUAUUCGUAUCAUCAUAUUCCUGAAAAUUCCUCCCAGAAUCAUUCCUCCCGUACACGACGUCAAUUUAUUGGUUCAAAUUUCAUCAACUCCAAUAAUACUAGCAAUGUUGAUAAUAAGUGUGAAAGCACCUGCAUCCAGGACUCCACGUGCGUACCUAAAACUCACAUUGGUCUAGUUCAAGUUGAGACUGCAGCGAACAAACCCCAUGGGAGUGAAGUAAAACCAUCUGUGCUAAUGAAUGGCCCUGUACAAUCUAGUCCAUCCUUCUCACAAACCCCGCUACUCUUGAUGCAAGAAUGGAUAAAUCAAAAAUCUUUUUCAAAGGUAGUGAAUUAUUAUGAAGCAACUUUUCGUCCUGAUAAAGAAUCUUUUUUGAAUUUCUGUGUUAACCCGUGUGAGGCCAGGGACGUUGUGCUGAUCCUUAUGAGGGCUUACGUGUCGCUUGGACAAAUGCAAGGUGUUCGGAAUGUUUUUGUUGUUGCGUUAAGAGACCUUGCGCCAAGAAAAGGUCUGACGAGCUCACCGACUGCGGAAUGGAGUCUACGUCAGCGAAAUUCGCCUCAACCUUCUUCAACUUUUGUGGGGCUCAACUGCUCUCUGGCAAGACAUCCCAUCGGCACCGGUGAGGUAUCCCGAGUGAUAAACUGGAACAGACCUUCCCUGCUCAAUGCAAAUAUUUUCAAUGCAUACUUAGAGGUUUUGACAUGCCGAAAAAAUUUUGACCGGAAUGAGGUGAUGUUUAUCUUGAAAGAAAUGCAAGAAGCUGACGUUCUUCCCAACUCGCUGACCUAUCAUUAUCUUAUUGAGCUGCACGUUCGUGCUGGCCUCGACCCGAAGGGUUUAUGGGAUGAGCUGAUCCAUGAAAAAGAGCUUGACCCUUUACCCUGCACCGUGCAGGUGAUGCUAUUACGGGUUGUACCUUCCAGCCCGGACAGCGUCUUUGUCGUGGAGGUGACACGCCAGGCCCUCAAACACGGCUCCGCCAUUAUCGACAAACGCAUGUUGGUCGAGCGGAUUGAAGCUUGGUUGCAGGACCCUGCCCACCGCUCGGCCGCCCCUCCCUCCGCGCCGAAAGCCGAGGAUGGCCAUCGGCCACCCGCGGCCCCGGCGGGGAGCCCGAUGGCCCCCACCGGCUUCCCUCCGGAGUACGUGCUUUGGCUCAUGCUCGAGCUUGAGAUUCGCUGCGUGCUGGACAAGGCCUACUUCACGCAGUACCUCCAGCCGCAGCACAUGGCCCAGCUGCUCCUGCGCUGCGCCAAGUGCGCGGACGCGGUGACCGCGGGGCAGGUGCUGGCCCUGAUGGACCGCCACAUGAUGGCGCGAACCGCGGACCUCCUCGCCUUGCUGGUCUGGUGCUGGGUCCAAGCCCUGGAGCUUGGGAAGGCCUUUGACGUGGUGGAGUUGAUGGCGCGUAAGGGGUACUUGGAUUUUACGGACCUGUUUAAACGCUACAGCGUGGAGUGUUUGCGGUAUACUAUGGAUCGGCAUUUCCUAAUGAUUUUCGCGGAUGCGAUCCGCUCUCCGAGUUUGCUCGAUGAUGCGCUGGCGCACCUCAAAGAACGCAAACGCCGUGGUGAAUUAGUGUCCGUUCAUUCACUUGACGUAAUUGUGUUGGCGGCAUGCAAACUUGGCGAGGAGCGGCGGGCCAUGGAACUGGUCUUUUCUUACGACACAAUAUGGGGUGUGAGACCUCAGACAAGUACUCUAAAUUGCCUUCUCGUGGGCUCCAGAACACAGCGUGGUUCCGUAUUGUUACGGACCAUUUACGAGUCGAUUCUCAAGGUUGGGGUUGUACCCAAUUCGCAAACCUUUCGUGUACUAAUUCGACAGGCCGUCCUACAUGAUGACAUUGAUGAGGCUGUAUAUUACUUACAAGAAGUUGAACGCCAUCCAAGCCUGAGAGUCGAAAUAGAAAUGAUCCUUCCCAUAUUCGAGCGCGCAGCACGGGCUGGUGAUGUAGAAACUGUCAAUAAAAUUAGUAAGUAUUCACUCGACUGUGAUAUUGGAAUCGAUUCUGCGGUACUACAUACCGCAAUGAAGAACCUGACAGAAGCAGGUCAAUGCAUUAAGGUAUUACAGGGUCAUCAGCCCCUGCACGAAGCGUUGCGCUCCAGAUCAAAGGUCGGCCGGCAGCGGGCACGAAGUGAAAUCGUACUGUAG